AUGGCGCGCUAGUCAAACAACGUGGAACUCGCAAUCUGUGCAUUUGUGUGAAGUCGUAGCGCUAGUUUGAGGCCAACUUUUGUACCAUGUUGUCGGCAAGAACCCUCUGUAAGAGACUGGGGUACAGGUUAGCGAGGAGAAGUCUUUCUACAGCACAACCCGAGCUAAAAACGGAGUAUGACGCCAUAAUAGUCGGAGGAGGUCACAAUGGCCUUGUUGCGGCAGCAUACCUUCAGAAAGCUGGGAUAAACACCGUGGUUUUAGAGAGGAGACACGUGAUUGGUGGAGCUGCUGUCACAGAGGAGAUGGUGCCAGGUUACAAGUUCUCCCGAGCUUCCUAUGUUCUCAGUCUUCUGAGGCCAAAGAUCAUCAGUGAACUAGAACUCAAGAGACAUGGUCUGAAGGUAUACCUGAGGGACCCCAACUCCUUCACCCCCCUGUUGGAGCCAGAUGGUACGGGCCAGUUCCGGUCCCUACUCCUGGGUAAAGACCUGAAGGAGAACCAGAGACAGAUCGCACAAUUCUCACAGAGGGAUGCUGAGAUAUUCCCUGAGUAUGAGCACACUCUGGGUAGGAUAGGGGAGGCCAUUGAACCGCUCCUGGACAAUGCUCCCCUGGAUCUACAGAGACUCAGCCAUGGCACCAGACUGGAGAAAAUGAGGGCACUGAUGACUGCAAAACCUCUAGCAGAUGCAGGCAAGGCCCUGGGUAGUGACUUGAAUGCAUUUAUUGAGCUGCUGACUGCACCUGCCAAUAAGAUGUUGGAUAAGUGGUUUGAGUCGGAGCCCCUGAAGGCCACGUUAGCCACAGAUGCAGUUAUAGGAGCCAUGCUGACUCCUAACACUCCUGGCAGUGGGUAUGUACUCCUGCACCAUGUGAUGGGAGAGCUGGAGGGUGUGAAGGGGGCGUGGGGGUAUGUUGAGGGGGGCAUGGGAGCAGUGUCAGAGGCCAUCUCCAGGUCCGCACAGGAGCAGGGGGCAACCGUCCUGACAGAGAAGCCUGUUAGCUCCAUACAGGUGAACAGUUCAGGAGAGGCGUGUGGGGUAGUGUUGGAGGAUGGGACGGAGAUAAAGUCAACCAUGCAGAUGGUCAUGUCUAAUGCCACACCUAAGGUCACGUACCUGGACCUAAUCUCGAAGGAUCUUCUUCCAGAAGAGUUCUUGUCAGAGGUGUCUCAUGUGGACUACAAGUCUCCUGUCACUAAAAUUAAUGUUGCAGUCGACCAGCUGCCUAACUUCACGGCUGCCCCUAACACUGCAGACAACGCCCCCCUCCCCCACCAUAGAUGUACCAUACAUCUGAACUGUGAGGACUCUGCGCUUAUUGACGAGGCUUAUCACGACGCUGUGGCUCAUGGAGUACCCUCAAGGAAGCCAGUUAUAGAGAUGUGCAUUCCUUCUUCCCUGGACCCAACCAUUGCACCACCGGGCUGCCACGUGGUUACCCUGUUCACCCAGUACACACCGUACCAUAGGAAGGAUGGGAGGGAGUGGGACGAUGAGACCAGGAACGAGUAUGCUGACAGAGUUUUUGACAACAUUGAAGAGUAUGCCCCAGGGUUUAAGUCCAGUGUAGUAGGGAGGGACAUCCUGACUCCUCCAGACUUGGAGAAGACGUUUGGACUCACUGGUGGGAACAUCUUCCACGGUGCCAUGUCUCUGGACCAGCUAUACCAGUCUCGUCCCGUGCCCAGUUUUGGGAACCACAGAUGUCCAAUCAAGGGGCUGUACCUGUGUGGCAGUGGUGCACACCCUGGUGGAGGCGUGAUGGGAGCGGCGGGAAAGAACGCUGCAACCGUGGCUCUCGCAGAUCUCAGGAGAUGAAGUCAACUGUCGUUUCAUAGAUAACAAUGAUAACUAAUAUCAUAAUACAAUAUUCAUGCAAUCAUAUUUUACUAACAGUGGGAAAGAAAUUACCUUACGAAGGGCUAUCAUCCUAGUUAACUUGAUUGAAUUAUUUUAUGUUGAUUUAAACCUUCAAAUGUAUACUGAUAUUAAUAUUUCAAGCUAAUAGCAUGACUAGAUAUUUUAUCCAUUGUUUUAACAUAAUUAGAUAUGAAGGACAAUGUGGAAUGGACUAGUGCAAUUGUACUCGACACAAGUUCAGACUUUGGAGGAAAAUUUUAAUCUCUUCAUUUUGUAACUGUACAUUGUAGAUCCAUUAAUAUUUUUAUCAUAUACGCAUUGUGUAUAAAAAUGUAUGGUUCAGAUUGUGUGUGGGAAAUGAACAGACUUGUCAAUAAAUCAUAUCAUUCAACUUCUCAAAUAGAAAAAAAAUAUGCAUACGACACUUUGGAUCUCUGGGUAACCUUAGAUUUCACAGAUAACAGAUUUAAUAGACAAAAAAAC